UCGAUUAUCUUAAUUAAUUCUCACCUAAAUCUUUUGUUCAGGCUAAGCAAUCCGACCACCACAGACCGCAGGAAUAGGGAGCCAGCGGAGAAGAUGAGUUACCAGAAAGCUCCCCAAGAACCCUACCCUCCUCCAGGAUAUCAGUCUCCGCCGCCGGGGUACCCAUCAGCUCCGCCGCCACCGCCGCCGUAUGAAGGGUACCCACCGCCGCCGCCUCCACCUUACGAAGGCUAUCCACCACCUGGGUAUCCUCACGGAUACGGUCCUCCGCCGCCGCCGCGUGAUCCGCCGUACGAGGGGUACCAAGGUUAUUUCAAUCAGGGGUACCCUCCGCCACCUCCUCCUCCUCCGCAGCAAUACGAGCACUAUCACUGCGAGCAUAACAAUUACCAAGAGCAAGAUGGUUGUAUGUCUUUCUUACGAGGCUGUUUGGCUGCGCUAUGCUGCUGCUGUUUGCUGGAGGAGUGCUGCUUCUUUUGAUGAUAUUGAAAAUGGAUAUUUGUUUCUGAAGCCACUUCCAUAAAUUUGAGCAUCUAAGUGUAUUCAUCGGUUAAGACUCGAGGGGGCUUUUGGAAUGAUUUAUAUUAUAUUCUUGUUUCGUGCAUUGUUCUACCCUAAGACAUGUGAAUUGCAAGCCGUAAAGACUACAGAUUUUAGGUGUGGUUUUAUGAAUCGCUCGACUGUUUAUUUA